GGCGGAAACCUUUUGUUCUCGAAACCAGAAGCAAACUGUGUAGAGGUUUAUUUUCCCUCAACAACGUCCGUGCAGUUCUGCGAGAAAAUAGAAAUGCUGUCCUUUGUGGUUACUCUUAGCGAAGAUUACAGAAACAGCACCAGGGGGUUACUGGGUACUUGGAAUGAUGAUCCUACUGACGACUUCACAUUGCCUGAUGGGACGGUAUUGUCUCCAUCUUCAACCUCAAGGGAAAUUCACUUCGACUUUGGCGUUAAAUGUGAGUUGUUGUUAUUAUUGUUAUUAUUAUUAUUAUUAUUAUUAUUAUUAUUAUUAUUAUUAUCUCUUCUGUCACAGUCUUUGCUGGUUUUCUUUUUGUGCAUCAUCAUACACUGAGCAUCUUCCUGAGGAUUCGUGCAGAUCCCAGCAUUCAGAUCUUUGGAUCUCUGUCACAGUAGCUCUCUCAUAAUUUUUUUGAUGUUUUCUACCAUCCCCUUCUUUACUGUACGAAGCGCACCAACAACCACAGGGAUCACCACGGUUUUCAUAUGCCACAUUGUCUGUAUUUCUAGUUCUAGGUCUUUGUACUUGCCUUUCUUUUCGAUUUCCUUCAAUGCAAUGUUUCUAUCUGAUGGAACAGUCAUAUCAAUCAGUUUGCAGGUGGAAUUCACUGAAACUUUAACAAUGGUGUCUGGUCUGGUCUAUAGUAUCAGUAUUGUCCUGUUAUAUCUAACAGUAUUGACUGGCAUGUCCCACAUGAUGGUAAUGUUGUUGUUGUUGUACCAUCUGUCUGUAAUCUCGAUAUCAUGAUCUUUACAGAUGCUCCAAUGGAGCAAUGGAUAUGCUGCAGCAUUAUUGUACCUGGAGAUGUACUCUGUUUAGGCUAAUACCUCACACCCAGAUACAAUAUGGUCCACUGUCUCUUCAUGUUGCGAACACAUUCUGCAUUUGAUCUCCACCUGCUGGUCACAUAUUACAUUCUGAUAGUUUAUGGUUCCAUUUGCUUUUAUUGAAAGAGAUGGAUGAAAAUUGAUCGCUUUUUUUGAUAUACAAGUAAUGUUCAGUGACGUACAAAACAUGUCAAGAGAAAGUAAAAUCAAUUAUUACAGCUCAUUCUUAAGUCGCGGCACGAGCCGAUUAAUAAAAUGGAUUUACAAAGAGAGAUACGAAUUGCUCUUACUGAAAAGAAAACAACAACUUAAUAACAGCCCUCAAACCACUAAGCUGAAGCUUAUGUCAUGUUAGGCCUCUUUCAAACGUGGAAUUUGUUAUGAGUGCCGAACACCUAUUUUAGUCGAUGAAAGUAAUUAAAUACGGCAGUUGAUUCAGACGUCGGAUAUGAUGGUGCCGCAUUAAACUCCGGUUGUUGUAAAUAUUCCCAGUCUCUAGGAAUUUUUUUUAUCCAAUAUGGUAAGGGGUUUCUAUAAUUAAUGCAUUAUAUUCGGCACAUGUGAAAUGCGACUUUUAAAUCAAGUGUUGAACCUAACUCGAAUUUUCGACUGUUUCAGUCGCAGAUUCGACAAAGUAGUAUUUAAUUUGAAACUGUCGAGUUUAGUUAAUUCAUACGUCCCAUCUCAAAGCAGUUACCUCUCGAAUUUAAUUAGGCACAUGUGAAAAUCGACGAUUAAGCUGGGUAAUGAUAACAACGUCCAGUAUUACCAAACUAUACCGGUAGAUACGCUAUGAUACAUACCGCAUUUUUUACAUUCAUGUAAACUUUGUUUUUAAUUUACCACAUUAUUUUACUUGCUAUAUGCACAACACAGGGAAAAAAAGAAAUUUUAAAAAAGGACCCUCAUAAUCAGACAGAAUUAAAAGCUAUCACCUCUAUCCACUGGACCACCUCGGUAAACACUGACAAUUCGAGUUUAAAAGAGGUAUAUAUUCCUUCUCUAUGGUGAUUGACAGUUUUCAAGAUUGACUUUUCGUUUUCUUUUUUUUAGUUUCCGUGUAGAAUUAAAUCUUUUCAACUGAUCGAAGCUAGAAGUAAAGCUCUAAUACUCUUUCAGGCUUGAUCCAUGCCAGGAACGUUUAAGAAAUUUAUUAACUAUCGAUCGCGCGGCAACCAACUCUCCCUGCUCGUAAGGUGUCUUUUCAUCGGUCGCGGAAAACAUUAACACAACAUUGUUCAUUAUUAUUUCCAUUGUUUUAGGUUAGGGUAGAAAACCAUUUGGCUUUUAGGGUUAGAAGAGCUACUACAUGACCCCUCUCCCCGGAAUGAAGAAAAACAAUAUGGCCGCCAAAUACAUCCUUUUGGUUUUUAAAGUUCUCCUUUAUUAACAAACGUUGAACAUAUAUUUCGGCAAACAAACAGUUAAGUUGAGAGAGGAUUUUAGAAAAGUCUCAAGAGUAGGUCUCCUUUUCGAUUUUAAUUUGCGAUAUCGGUCAAUUUACGCAACUUUUAAACUUCUGGCUUAGCUUUCGUUUGCAUCUGCUUUGAAAAUGGAAUAAUAAUUACUCAGGGGUAACAAUACAGUGUAAAGAUUUGUAGAGAAAACGACAAAAACUUGCCAAUUUAUGGCGAAAAAUGUACUUUAAAAACGAACUAAAAUAUUCAAAACGCUCUGAUCACGUGACUGAUGACGUCAUGUCCCUCUUUUGGUUAUGAAAAAUAUUAUCAGGUAAAACAUUAAGGUGAUGUUACACGAGACGAUUUUUAGCGCAACACAGCGUUGCAACAUUGUUGCGAAUAAUUAUAAAGUUGUUCCAACACUGCAACGCUCUAGAUCUGUUGCGCUAAAAAUCGUCGGUGCGAAUCGUCUCGUGUAACAUCACCUUUAGUUUCCUGCACAUUUCCUCUGCCAUGUGCUGAAGCGUCAACUAUCUACAGCUCUCGGCCUAGUCUCCCGAUGUUUUCGCUCAUGUUCAUUACCCCCUUAAAUUUUAAAUGCCGGACGUAAACUGGUUAUUUUUAAAUGCCCCACACAACCAAAACCUCAAAUAUGCUAUUUGUUUUUAACUCAAUAAUGAUAUCUGGUCACAGCAACAAAAAAACCUAAUUCGGAAAUAGUCACGUGACUGAUGACGUCAUCACUCUAGAUGUGACAUGGGAAGACAUUUUAUGGCAAAUGUUACCUCGUUGUGGUCUGAAAUUCUUCUACAUAUAAAAUUGUCAAAGUUAAAGCUUUUAAUUAUAAUUUACUUUUGUAAUUCUAAUAAUAAUAAUAAUAAUAAUAAUAAUAAUAAUAAUAAUUAUUAUUAUUAUUAUUAUCAUUAUCAUUAUUAUUACAUAAUUAUAUACACCUGACUGAAAAAACGUUGUCGCCUAACCUUGCCCGAUGGGACCCAAUUGAUUUAUGGGUAGAACCUAAUUUAAAGUUCUUUCCAGAAAAGUUUUUAUUAUCGAAGCUUUCCUCGCCGAUGCAUUCCAGAAAAGGUCAAAAGGUUUCCAGUUUUCUUGGCGAUAAGCUCUUAAUUUCACCUGUGCAGGGCACAUUAGAGAUCCCUGUACAGUGGAACCUCGUUAAUACGGUCACCAACCGGUCAAAAACUUUUGGCCGUAUCACCUGGGCAGGCUCAAAUUGAUGACUUGAGGGCCGUUAUGACGUAUACACCUUACAUUGCAUUUGCAUUUCUUGAACUGUUCUCAUUAAUAAACAAACGGAAUGUAGAUAUCGUGUUCUGCAAUUGAAAUAAACUACCUGAAAUUUUCGUUCAGUACAGAAAAUGCUUUUUAAAUCGCAACAAGUGCACUUUAUGUGUACAGUAGUCUAAAAACAGUACGAGAACAGGCUCAGAGUAGUAUGUCAACAAAAUUGACAUGUCACAGGGAUUUUAAUUUUCUAAAUUUCGAACAAGUGGCCGUACUAGCGGGGUGAAAUUAUAAGAUUAUACGUUUCUGGGAAACUGCCCACUUACCCCUCCGCUAAGCCAACAUUUUACCUUAAGUGGGAAGUAAGUGUUCUCACUCAGUGUUAAAUGUUGGCUUAGGGGAGGGGUAGGUGGGUAGUUUUCCAGAAACGUAUAAUGAUUCAGAGAUUCUACUGUUUGGAAUUUCAAAAUGUUGCGGUUGACCGUAUUAAUGGGUGACCGCAUUUUCGGAUUUUUUUAUAAGGAAAUGCAUGACGCACUCUUGAAAAUCAUAGAUAGGACCUAAAAGCUUUCUUGGAAGACAUAAAGAAGACAACGGCAUGCCUUAAACAAAGUACUCUUAGGAUUUGCAUCCGCACGAGCAGCUGCUGUUGAAAGAACUUUCAUUUGCUUUGCUUAUGAACAUAUACCCGUAAAUUCUUGAAGCAACAUCAUUCAUGAUUUAUACUCAGUUUAAGCGACAACGUUUUUUCAAAGAGGUACAUCUAAAAAAUAUCUUCUUCUUAAAGGUUCAGCACUACUUUCUCAAUAAACUUUAAACGUUAAUUAGUCGGGCAACUUUCUUUCUUGCCUCGGCCUAGUGUACUUAAGAAAAAAAAAUCCCAUCUUUCUUGUUUAACGCCGUUAUUUUCUUUUUCUCAGGGCAAAUCAAUCAGUCUCAGUCA